UUCAGUUGAGUUCCCUGUCGUGAUUGAAAAUGAAGUAAAGGUAUCUUUACACGCCGGUCUGAAUGUACAUGUCUGUUCAUUGCCUGUUUUUGACGACCUAUUUCAUAUUUAUUUGAGAGGAACCCAGUUUAUUAUGUCGGUGUAUCUCGAGUCGGAGCCGAAACUAUACAGCUACAGUCGGAUAGUUUGCGGCAUCUUCACUCAUGUGUUGUGUGCUGUCUUCACUGGCUUCAUUACUGUACUGACCAAACCUGGAACCAGUCUGUUCUCUUGGCAUCCAUUCCUGAUGACUCUUGCUUUCUCAUUUUUCAUGACUGAAGCCAUCCUGCUCUUCAACCCCUAUUCGUCUCCUGUCCGGAAGUUCAAACACAAAACUAAAGGCCGUCUACACUGGAUCCUGCAGUGUUUGUGCGUUUCAUGUGCAGUUGUAGGUCUGAUCACAAUCUUUUACAACAAAAACCUCAAUGGAAAGCCACAUUUCACAUCAUGGCAUGGGUUAAUCGGUGUCAUAACAGUGACGGUUGUAGUGGUACAAUCGCUUGGAGGACUUCCUCUGCUUUACCCCAAACUAGCCAAAGGAUGGUCACUGGCAAAGCUGAAACGUUACCAUGCCACCUCCGGUCUUCUGACGUACCUUCUAGGCAGCACCAGCCUGUUUCUUGGACUCUGUUCUGUUUGGUUCAGUGCCAGCGUAAGCGGGUAUAUGUGGUAUCUGGCAGCCCUCUGUCCAACUCUCUGCGCUCUGGUUAUAAUGAGUCAGGUUACAAAUGCUUACAUGGCCAAGAAACGACAGCAGUAUUGACAUUGUCCAAGCUAAAGUUGGCGAAUAAUUCGCAAGAAUUCAAACUUGUGAACGUACCAACCGUAUCAGAGUCGCCAGUUACUGACCAAUCUCGAUAAUUUUAUUUUGUUCUGUAAAUAUGUGAAGAUACUUAGUGCAACUACUUGUAAUCUUUAUUACUGAUGUAUAAAAUUAAGUUUAUUUUUAUAAAUAAAUGUGCAUUUCAGAUGUAUGGGGGACCUAAUUUUUGUGGCUGUAUAGCAGUUCAGCUUGUAGUCCAAAAAACAUAAGUCUAAUUCGCCAUGGGUUCCCUCGGGAUUUUAUAAUGUUGUCCCGAGGGAACCCAUGGCGAAUUAGACUUGCAGGUUCAUCUAAAAAUUUACGUCACGGCUGAACAGCUCAAUUAUCUUUGGUAAUGACUGAUGUCGAUUAUUUGUUAUUCUUGAGAAGCUCCUUUUAAGAGUGCUUUCCUUUUGCCAA